UCAGAUUAGUCUUCAUUCCUGUAAGCAGCAGUUGAGUGACCAACCUCAUCCCUGGGCACAAUAACAGAUGGAUGUCCUGCAUGGAUUGCUUAAUACACGAUGGUUGCAGUCACUGGUGAAGGUAUAUGAGUGCUUGCAUCAGUACCUGUGGAGAAGACCAUUGCCGGUCAUGCCGCAGGCAUCUGUGCUUUGUCGAGAGGUGACAGAGAUACUUAAAGAAGCUUCUCGGUCCAUUGACCUUAGAGAAUUACAUUGGCUCCUGAGAAAACCUGAUUUCCAGGCGCUGCUCUCUGCUCAUGAUGCUGUGGCUCAGAAAGACUACGAACCUCUUCUUCCUCCGCUGCCAGAUAACAUUCCUGAAGAUGAGGAAGCCUUGCGGAUAGUGUGUCUGGUGAAAAACAACCACCCUUUGGGUGCUACAAUCAAACGUCAAGAGGGGACUGGCUCCAUUGUGAUAGCUCGAGUGAUCCAUGGUGGUCUUGCUGACCGCAGUGGCUUGCUGUAUGCUGGGGAUAAACUGGUCGAGGUUAACGGAAUACCAGUGGCAGGGCUUGAUCCAGAACACAUCAUCAAGCUCCUGAGCAAAUCUGAAGGCAGCAUUCUGUUCAAACUUAUUCCAGCAUUCCAUAGACCAGCAAACUCGUCACAAAAUGAGAUUUAUGUCAGAGCGAUGGUGGACUACAGCCCAAGGCACGAUCCUGCCAUCCCGUGUCCCGAAGCUGGCUUGACCUUCAAGAGAAGAGACAUCCUGCAGAUUGUGGAUCAGAAUGAUGUACUCUGGUGGCAGGCCCAGAACAUCACGACUGUUUCGAGAUGUGCAGGUCUAAUUCCUUCAAGCAACUUACUCAAGAGGAAGCAGAGGGAGUUUUGGUGGUCCCACACCUUUCAAUUGCAUACCUGCGCCAAAUCGACAGCCUUGAGUACAGUGGAAGAGGAAGAGGACAUAGAGAUCGAUGAGAAGUUUUUUGAAACAGAUGAAGAAACCUUUGAAUCAGAGGAACUAAGAGAAGAAGAUGCUGAGUUCAAUGGAUAUAAACAAGGAUUGUACAUUGCGGGGUUCAGGAAGAGCAUGCGGCUCUGCCGCAGGAAAUCAAAGAGCGGUCAACUGCAGUGCCCUGCUUGCUGCCCGAACAACUGUUAUGUCAGCACAAUGUCACCAUAUGAGGAGGUCGUGAGAUACCAGCGUGGCUCCACCGACAGGCACAGAUUGAUUAUCCUUGUGGGACCCUCAGGUGUGGGCGUGAAUGAACUCAGAAGAACUCUGAUUGAGACUAACCCACAUCUGUUCCAAAGUCCAGUACCACAUACCACCAGGCCACCAAUAAGCUAUGAGGAAAAUGGCCAUGAAUAUUACUUUGUUUCCAGGGAAACAUUUGAAGCCAUGGCACUGAGUCAUAGGUUUCUGGAGUAUGGAGAAUACAAAGGGCAUCUUUACGGUACCAGCAGGGAGGCUGUCCGCUUGAUUCUGGAUUUAGGGUUAAUUUGCAUAAUUGACCUUGAACCACAGAGAAUUCGAGAGGCACGAACCAAGGAGCUAAAACCUUUCAUCAUAUUUAUAAAACCCCCGAGCAUUAGUCGUCUGCAGCAGACUCGUGCACAAGGUCGUAUUAUCACUGAGUAUUUUGUGAACAGAUCUUUCAAGGAGGAAGAUUUACAGGAGAUACAGGAUGUAUCUGAGAAGAUGCUAAACUACUUUGGACAUUUGUUUGACUCUACAAUUGUGAACGAUGACCUUCAGGACACUCGCAUGCAGCUACUCUCUGUUGUAAACGAGGCGCAGGCUGGUUCACAUUGGGUGCCUGCAGCUUGGCUCAGUUCAGACACAGGCUCUUAAUUUCUUUUGUGGGGGUGACUUGUUUAGUGGGGUAUCCAAACCGUGCAGAUUGACGACAUAAUGUAUGCACUGCAUGUAAACGUGUUGUAGCUGGUCCAAAACUACAGAAUAGCUCUGUGUAGAUGAGAUUAACUCCAAAGCUCUCUUGCCAACGAGAUGUGUGAUUCGAUGGGAGAAUCUAGAUGAUCCUUUCUCUGCAUCUAACAUGCUGUCCAUUGCUUGGGUGUUAUUGAUGCUUUAUCCUGAUGAGCAGAACAUUUCCUUGAGAUGUUUUGCUAAAUCAUAAGUACUCUCCCACACCGUGGACAUUUAUACUGGUGAGGAGUGGCAUGUGGGUCUGUAGAAGUAAUUCAUUAUUAAUAAUAAAAACAACAUGAUUGGU